AUGCCGAGAAAAGGAAUGAGAAGCAUUUUCUUCAAGCCAUCACCUUCUCCUUCAACCUCCACCUCAUCACUACCACCUCCCUCUCCUCUCCGCACUUUUUCAGACUCCUUAAUGGAAGAAAACAUACAAACCGCACACUCCCUCAUAAUUAAAUGGGACGAUUCAAAUGUCACAACAACGCUUUUCAGCGGCACGCGCCAGGAGGCCAAACAGUACCUUAACGCCGUCAAGGGACUUCAAUCCGCUAUGCAGUACCUCGUCGCACAGGAUUCCUCCUCCGCCACUCUUGUGCGCGCUCAGUUCCUCAUGCAACUCGCCAUGAAGACCCUCCAGAAAGAGUUCUACCAGAUUCUUUCCUCCAACAGAGACCACCUUGAUCCCGAAUCCGUCUCCACGCGCUCUUCCAUCGAUUUCCGCAGCAGUUUCUCUGAUUACGUCUCCGAUUAUGACGACGAAAUCACAGUCUCCGAGGACGACUUCCGCGUCUCCGAGACCGAGCGUGUUUCCAUGCUCGCCAUGGAGGAUUUGAAAGCCAUCGCGGAUUGCAUGAUUGCCUCCGGCUACGGCAAAGAGUGCGUUAAGGUAUAUAUCAUCAUGAGAAAAUCCAUCGUCGACGAAGCGCUGUACCAUCUCGGAGUGGAAAAACUGAGCUUCCCUCAGGUUCAGAAAAUGGACUGGGAGGUUAUCGAAUUGAAGAUCAAGAGCUGGUUGAAAGCUAUUAAAGUCGCCGUUGGAACUCUCUUCCACGGCGAGAGGAUCCUCUGCGACCACGUCUUCGCCUCGAAUUCCGGAAAGAGGAUUGCGGAAUCGUGUUUCGCUGAAAUCACCAGAGACGGCGCCCUAUCGCUGUUCGGAUUCCCGGAAAUGGUGGCGAAGUACAAGAAAACGCCGGAGAAAAUGUUCAAGAUCUUGGAUUUGUACGAAGCGAUCUCUGACCGCUGGACUCAAAUCGAAUCCAUAUUCUCCUUCGAAUCGACCUCUGUCAUUCGCUCGCAGGCCGUUACUUCAAUGGUGAAACUCGGCGAAGCAGUUAGAACGAUGCUGACGGACUUCGAGACCGCUAUUCAGAAGGACUCCUCCAAGAAAACGGUCCCUGGCGGUGGGGUCCACCCUCUCACCCGUUACGUGAUGAACUACCUCACGUUCCUCGCCGAUUACAGCGGCGUGUUGGUUGAUAUUAUCCCCGAUUUGCCGCAAUCGCCGUUGCCCGAGACUUAUUACCGCAGCCCCAUGCGAGAGGAGAACGCGCCGGUUUCGGAGUUAUCCGAGCGAAUCGCGUGGCUCAUACUCGUCGUGCUCUGCAAGCUCGACGGCAAAGCGGAACACUACAAGGACGUAGCACUUUCAUAUCUGUUUCUCGCUAAUAACAUGCAAUACGUCGUCCUUAAGGUGCGCAGAUCGAACCUUGGGCUCCUUCUCGGAGAGGAGUGGUUAGCGAAGCACGAGUCGAAGGUUAGAGAGUACGUGUCCAAGUACGAGCGCGUCGGGUGGAGCAAGGUGUUUGCAUCGUUACCGGAAAAUCCAGCGGCGGAGGUGACGGCAGAGCAGGCGAGGGCCUACUUCGUGAGGUUCGACGCUGUGUUUCAUGAAACGUGUAGAAAACAGUCAUCGUGGGCGGUGCCCGACCCGAAAUUGCGAGAAGAAAUCAAAGGCUCGAUAGGUUCGAAGCUGGUGCAAAAGUACAACGAAUUCUACGAGAAAAAUCGGGUCGGAUCAAAACCCGUUAGGGAUUUCUUACCCGAAAAUAUUGGGAAAUACUUGUCCAACAUUUUGUGUGGGAACAUUGGAGAUUCGGGUAGUGUCUCAUCAUAUUCUUCGUCAACGACGUCGUCUUCAUCUCGCUCUAAUCGACGGUGA